GCGUGAUGUAUCACUACAGUGGGCCUGACACCUAUCCCAUCUGAAGCGGGAUACAAUCCUUGUAUAAUUCCUCUCGUCCUUCCUGAUCCUUCCCUCCCUCUACUCGCUCUCCGCCCCUCUGAGUAAAGGCAGUGCGUUCCGCGCAGCGUGGACACACUUGGAGAUGUCUCGGAAACAUUACGCUGGACGACACCACAAACGCUAGAGCUUUUAAUAGGACAGGGACACUUUCAAAGCUUUACCUGGACUAAGUCUUAACUUUUGUUUUGGAAACUCCUUUUUUUCCAAGCUCCUCGUCACGUCUUUCUGAUCUUUUCCUGCCGGCGGAUGAAUCUAGGAUCCCCCUUUAACAGCAGCAGCAGCAUUGGGUCCGGAUGAUUUUCUUCCUCGUAUCCCAGUGUCACUGUGACUGUAGUGGUGUGGAAACGACGUAAACAGUUUGGGGAGGAAACAAACUCUGCAGAUCAACAGUUUUUUCAGAGAUCCCAGAAAGAGAGGAUGAUUCCACCGGCCAACAUGAUUCAGGACGAAAGUGGGGGCAACGAGGUUGAACAGGACCAGAAUGAGACACCGAAAUCCCCGAUGACGGACUCCAGCCAGCAGGAAACCAAGAAUACUGUGAGGCCUGAACAUCAGAAGCGCAAGCUCCAGAGACUGAAGCGCUCCUUAUCCUUCAAGACCAAGACCAUGCGCAGCAAGAGUGCAGACAACUUCUUCAGAAACAGCAACGACAACAAGAUGGAGCUGCUCUCAGACGUGAGCAGCAGCACGGGUCAUCUCUGCAACAUGGCCCCGCCGCACACCACCAACCUGCCCAUCCCGCCCGUCCCUCCAGCCAUCCCCUCCGCUCCUCCUCCCACGUCGCGCUCCCAGACACGCAACCCGCUGCAGGUAGACUCGGCAGGACACUGCUUCAUGGAGCACAUCUUCAAGAAACCCACGUUCUGUGAUGUCUGCAACCACAUGAUCGUAGGUACAACAGCCAAGCAUGUGGUGUUCCUGGCAGGAAACACAGCAAAGCACGGCCUCCGCUGCAAAGCCUGCAAGAUGAGCCUCCACCACAAGUGUGAGAACGGAGUGGGACAGCAGCGCUGCAUGGGCAAACUGCCAAAAGGCUUUCGGCGGUACUACAGCUCUCCAUUACUGAUCCAGGAACAGUAUGGCUGCAUCAAAGAAGUCAUGCCCAUUGCUUGUGGAAACAAAGUUGACCCUGUGUACGAGGCCUUGAGGUUUGGCACGUCGCUGGCACAAAAAGCCAAGAGGGCCAGUGGCUCAGAGUCUCCACAAAGAAACUCAACCAGUGACUUGGAUAAUGUUCCAGAGGAAGUGGUGGCUCACAGCAGUAGGCAUGAGCUGUCGAGAAAACAAAGCGAUGAUGUUUUCACAGUAAUCGAGAACGGCAAUGAACAUUACCUCCAGCCAGAGAGAAGUCCUGAUGACUUACCGUUGGAGCAGAUCCAGCUACAACAAGAUGUGCUUAAGCUCAACAACUAUGUGGCCUUGUUCAGCUUUACUCCCCAAGACAGCCAUGACCUGGAGAUGAGCGCAGGAGACAGAAUCUUAGUGGCUGAUGACUCGAAUGAUGACUGGUGGAAGGGCGUUAUUGAGGACAGGAUCGGUUACUUUCCGGCGGCCUAUGCUCAUCAGGUUCGGAUUGAGGACCAAGUGUUCAGGUGUAACAGGACGUUCAUCGGCUGUAAGGAACAAGGACAGGUCACCUUAAAGGAGGGACAGAUCUGUGUGAGCAGUGAGGGCGAACACAGCGGCUUCAUCAGAGUGGCGAGUGGAAAGAAGAGAGGCUUCGUGCCCUGCGAUGUUCUGGAAAUCAUAUGAGACAAACACUCAGAGACAGAGAGAGAGAGAGAGAGAGAGAGAGAGAGAGAGAGAGACUGAGACAACCGAAAGGAGGAGGAAACUUAAACUGCAAAAUGGCUCAGAGAAACCAGUGAGGGACUUUGCCUCGUCAGAAGUUUUGAUGUAAAAGUGUUGCUGGUUUUGUGAAUGAAGACUCUGCUUUGUUGUGGGUCGGAGUCUCCAUACCUUCUUCCCUCUAGCACAGAGCUAGAUGCUAAAGUAGACAUUACAGUGUGUUUGCUGGUAGACAGGAGCCCUCUGUUUCACUGGAUUCAAUUUAAUUUAUAUAGCUGAUAGGAGUGUUUUUUCCCCCCUUUGUUUGAUUCUGCAACAAGCUGUCGGUUUUUAAAAUAGAAACCCCCUGUCUGCCUGUUUAAGCCAAAGAAAAGGAAACAAACACAAAGCACAUCCAUUAGCAUUCCUUUUACAAAUAGUUUAGUUUCUCAUGCUCUGACAUCAUGUUGCAAGCAAAAAGUUAAGCUUUUAAUUCAGGAUUUGGAAGUUUGCAAUAAAUGGGUGAUUAUUUUGGAUGAUAAAAUGCCAGAAGUCAGAAGGCAACGGAAAAUUGGACCACAUUAAACAACAUAUAUAAGUAGGAACAUUUACUUUCUUUGACUCAUCACUCUUUGUCCUCUUGAUUUUGUUAUUUUUGUUUAAACUUGCUAUAUAACUUCCACACUAUACAGUGACAGUGCUGAAGUAGACAUUUAAAAGUUAUUCAUGUUUUUCAUGUAAAAAAAUGACACAUCAGUUGCAACAAAGAGAUGUGAGGGAGUAUUAUCAGAGGAAUUUGUCACAAUCAAAGACUUCAGAAAUGCUCAGUGGUCUUUUUAAAAUAUCGCCCUCGUAUUCCCCAGGUUUAAAAUGUCUUACUCAUUGCAUUUCGUGAACUACUCAAUGGGGACGGUAAUAUACAUCUUUCUUUAUCGGUAAAAUCAGAAACCUUAUUUAAAAUCUGUGUUCCACUAGAAACAAAAUGUGUUUUUUUUUACCAGUGUUUACCUUUUAAAUUGUCUCCAUGCUUUGGGACCCAUUUCUUUUAGGCUUGCCUUCAAUUAAAUGAUCUCUCUUUUUGUUGUUUUUGGCAAAAAAUGUCACUGCUUUACUUUAAUAAAAGUGAAUGACAAGGUACAUCUAUAAAAGAAUCAGAACACAAGUGAUUUCAUGAUCAUGUGAGCUGUUGGGAAUGCAGUGUUAACAAAAUGUAAAACAAUGAACCUUGUCAGAAAAUGAAACAUUUCUAGUUUGCGUGUCGACUUAAAAUGCGAUCACUUCUGUGGGAUUUUCCUCUUUUUAGCAAAGACGUUUCUGAACAGCACUUCUCUUUCAAAUUCCUGUUAAGUGCGUUUAUGGAGAGGUGUUGCAUCAUAGUAGAUAUAGUAUAUCUCUCAAAGGUUGUUCUGCACUAAAACGUGGCUUUAUUGAAUGUCCAAGAACUCCACAUUGUAAAUAAUGUACAUACAAAAUUAAAAUGUCUUCUUUAUCACAACAAA